AUGGUGUUGACUGACUGGGCUUCGUCGAAAACAAACGGAUUUGGCAUUGCCACCUUAUCCCUUGGGAACUGGAGAGAGCAUCGACUUGAGCCUCGCUGCUGGGCGGCCUAUUUAGAGGAGAAUGGGCUACCGGGAGACCAGUUGUGGGAGACAACACCGCAAAAUCUAUGUCUUGCCCGACAGCUAGGCGACCUGGUCAAGUCAAUGGGUAUGCGCAUUACCUGCACACAGCCUCUUCGUCAAAUCGAAGGAGUGAAAGAUCCAGCCGAACGUCGUGCCAACAUUAGCCUGGUUGCAAAGCGCUUUCCAUUCAUGCAAGCCUUCGACACCGAUCUCGUGUUCAUGUGUGCUAAUAUUCGCACCGACAGCGGUGUGACCUCGGAUCUCAAGACCGUCGGCCGGGACCUGGCAGAGUUUGGCGACAUGGCUACCUCGUUUUCCAACGCAGAUGGAGGGCGCAUGCUAAGAUAG